UUCGUUGUACGAAUGGCUUUGUUUGUGACCGUACUCGAUGUGUAGACCUCUCGGUCCGCUGUGACGGGAAUUUUGACUGCGUUGACCGCACUGAUGAGUUAAAUUGUGAGCCAUGUAGAAAUAACGAGCUGAGAUGCAGUGAUGGAACGUGUAUUAAACGGCAUAGUUUAUGCGAUCAGGUGAAAAACUGUCCAAACGGAGAGGAUGAGGAUCCUGAAUUCUGCGUACGCAAAAAGUGCCCUGGGCAGUUUCUAUGCCGUGUUACGUUGUCUGACUGCGUAGAAAAGGCCUGUUCUUCAAGGACACUUUGUCCAGACCACACAGAUCAAGCCGAAGAGGUUUGCAGCUCCCAGCUGGAACCACAGAAGCCCACAGUAACCUGUCGCCAAGGCGAAUUCCAGUGUGAUGAUACAAAACAAUGUGUAGCUUCGGUAUACGUGUGUGAUGGGUUCGAAGAUUGCAAAGACGGAUCGGACGAAACGAAUUGUCCAUCAGGACAACCCCAAGCUCAUGGUCAGGUCUUGGAGUUAAAUGAAUUCAAAUGCCCCGGUGGGCUCUCAAUACCUUUGGAUUGGGUGUGCGAUGGAAGGGCAGAUUGUCCUGGAGGAGAAGAUGAAGAAAUUGGUCCAUCGACUCUGUCUAAAUGCGUGCCAAGACAUAAAGGGCUCAGAGAAUCUCCCAGCAAGUACAGUAGUUGUCCAAAAGGUACUGUUCAUUGUGGAUCGGUUAGCACACUGAGUGAACCGAAGUGCAUUAAUCAAUCAAAGCUGUGUGAUGGCACGUACGACUGCCCAGAUUUUGCCGACGAACUGACCGACUGUGAUAAACCCUGUGAGGCAAGGGGUCAGUUUACAUGCCGGACUCAAAAAGACAGCCCGGAAAAACCACCAAUUUGCAUUCCUCGUUCAGCAGUGUGCAACGGUAUCAUUGACUGUCCCAAUGGAGAUGAUGAGAUGGAAGGACCUCGCACUGGUUGUACCACACCGUCCUGUGCAAUUAACAAUGGUGGUUGUAGCCAGUUGUGCGAGGUGGUUGGAAGGCAGGUAAAAUGCAGCUGCAACCCUGGCUAUUUCGGUCUGCCCGAAAACCCUCAGAUUUGUGUUGCUAUUGGAGACGUUUCGGUUUUGUAUUUGGAAGAAGGCCAACUGCAUCAAAGAAACUUCAGAGAAUCCCACUCAACUGUUUACCGGUUAUGGGCGGACCCCGAAGGUAAUGAAGACACGGGGCAGCUGGUUAUGAAUGAACAGAAAAUGGAUGACAAGAAAAAGCUUUCUCCUAGGCUCACAAAUGAUCCCGAAUGGCAUCCGAUACUACAGUCAUUUGAUUAUGCACUCAAUCCAGGCAGUCAAACAGCCAGCCAGCUAAUCUUAGUCCUCAAGUCCACAGGAACGGGGUCUGGUCUAUUCGCCAUGCGAACAAAUUCCGGCACUGAUGAAAGUUUAGCUCAACUGCCCGGUUCGACCAUGUACUGGUUUGAUACACUGUUUCUAUUUCCCUCACCUCCCGUUGCUGAUCAAGGGAAUUUAUCGAUUGCUUAUGAUUGGGUGCAUGACUUGGUCUACUGGGCUGACGCAAGUACAGGAAAUCUGGGCGUUGUGAACCGUAAGCACGGUUGGAAACGAACUUUGCUUCAGGUGCCACAAAACCGAAAACCAAGUAACCUGGUAUGUGACCCAAGGUUCGGACGAUUAUAUUACAUCACCCGAGGUACCUACUACUCAAUAGAGACGGUGGACGCGGAUGGCCAGAAUGCAAGACCUGUAAUCAAGACAAAUUUGAGCUCUCCAGCUGCCUUGAACAUGGAUUAUCUGGAACAUGAGCUGUACUGGGUCGACGUAAAUCGAGGGGUGAUUGAGGCCUACCAUCUCCGCACACAGACCAGACGCAUGGUGCUUGGUCUGAAUACCAGUCAAAACCGUCCAGUUUGGAUUGAUGUUUUCGAAGACUGGGUUUAUUGGUCCGAUGCACAGUUGGGUUCGCUAAUGCGUGCAAACAAACGAACUGGAGCAGGAAUUCAAGCAUUGUUCAAUAUCGCUCGUCCAUCAGCAUUUCGAAUUGAACAUGAGCUACUGAGACCUCCACUGGUUAAUCGUUGCCUUGGCAACAUGUGUCAGCAGCUGUGCUUACCUGUCCCACUUCGAUCGUAUCCGAACUAUUCAGAGCCUUAUCGGUGCGCAUGUGAUGACCAGUGGUCGCUAAAGCCGGGUUCUUCAGACGCGUGUGUACCACAAGCGAACCAAACGAGAACCAGUCGACAAGGAAAUGUUUCUCCUUUUUGGAAAAUGCUUGCGGAGGCGCAUCACGGCCGAGUUUUACAGGUGAAGGCCACAGCUACGUCAGUUGGUGGCGAAUCGAGGACAGACAAUCAUGGGUUUUCCCCAUUUUUCAUUUUGGUCGCGGCUAUGGUCGGUGCCUGCCUAUUCGGAAUGAGUAUAUCUUGUCUAGGACAUUAUACAUACCGGGCUCAUGUGCAGCGCAGACUCCGGAAGCGUGAUGCAGCUCAAGUUAUGGAUAAUGAGAACCUAACCCAAGAUACAACCAAAAACGUCAAAAACACCGAAGAGCACCUGCAGCUAAUCCGAAACCAACCAUCCUCUACAGAUCAAGCAGAAGUUAUGAUUCAUAGUGGAUACACAAACAUACGCAACGCAAAUGAAGUACUGACCAAUACAUGAGAUGUAUCAAUUUAACGCACGUAUUUUUCAUACAUCGGGCAUGUAUAUCAAACUUUUUACAACACU